UGUAUCUGUGUGUGUCUGUCUGUGUGUGAGUGUGUGGAUGAGGAGGGCUUUCUCUCUCCCUUUCAGUAUUCAGUUAAUCCUUCUGUCAGUUAAUGUUAAGGCAGCAUUUUAAGUGCUGGAGAGAGAAAGAAAGAAGACCCAAAUAGCAGCAGACACAGCAGCCAAGAAAGAAAGGAGAGAGCACCACAGAGCAGGACUGGAGCAAAGGAAUUAACAACAAUGAUAUUUUUUUUUUCAUUAAUAAUUGAAAUACAAAUCUAACCCCCCCCCAACUCUCUACCAUAACUGGAACCUCCCCCCACCACCUCAGGAAGCCAGGCCCGGGGGUACAGAGGAGAAAUCUUCAGAAACAGAGUGAGAAAACAGGAGGGGGUCCCCCCAAAUCAAUUUUUUUUUACUGGGAAGUAGGGCUGAUCUUCUUCUCUUCGCCAAUGCAAACGGAAAUAUGUUGCGCUUUUUUGCCUAUUUCUGCACCAGCUUUCUAGGGGCAGUGCUUGGGGUGAAUUUCCCCAACCAUAUCCAUAUAGGGGGGCUUUUCCCAAACCAGCAAUCCCAGGAACAUGCUGCCUUCCGCUUUGCUUUAUCCCAAUUGUCAGAACCACCCAAGUUGCUGCCCCAGAUCGAUAUUGUGAACAUCAGUGAUAGCUUUGAAAUGACCUACACUUUUUGUUCACAGUUCUCCAAAGGGGUUUACUCCAUAUUUGGAUUUUACGACCGGAAGACGGUGAACAUGCUAACUUCUUUCUGUGGUGCUCUACACGUCUGCUUCAUCACCCCCAGCUUUCCAGUAGCCACUUCCAAUCAGUUUGUCCUGCAGCUGAGGCCGGAGCUCCAAGAUGCCCUUAUUAGUGUUAUUGAGUAUUACAAAUGGAAAAAGUUUGUUUACAUUUAUGACGCAGACCGAGGUUUGUCCGUUCUGCAAAAGGUUCUAGACACAGCGGCUGAGAAGAACUGGCAGGUGACAGCUGUGAAUAUUCUUACUACCACUGAGGAGGGUUACCGUCUACUUUUUCAGGACUUAGACAAGAGCAAGGACCGGCAGAUUGUGAUAGACUGCGAGUCAGAGAGGCUGAAUGCAAUACUAACCCAGGUAGUCGUAAAGCUGGAGAAAAACGUUAUCGGAUAUCAUUAUAUUCUCGCAAACCUGGGUUUCAUGGAUAUUGACAUGCAGAAGUUCAAAGAAGCAGGUGCCAACGUGACAGGAUUCCAGUUGGUGAAUUACACAGACCAGUUGGUAUCCAGAAUUAUGCAGCAGUGGAAGAAUUAUGAUGGACGGGAACAACCUCGUGUGGACUGGAAGACGCCAAAGUACACCUCUGCUUUGACCUAUGAUGGAGUAAGAGUAAUGGCCGAAGCCUUCCAGAGUUUAAGGAAACAACGGAUAGACAUUUCCCGUCGUGGGAAUGCUGGGGACUGUCUAGCAAACCCUGCAGUGCCAUGGGGACAAGGAAUAGAUAUCCAGAGGGCAUUACAACAGGUUCAGCUUGAAGGGCUAUCAGGGAAUGUCCAGUUCAAUGAGAAAGGCCGUCGGACUAAUUAUACACUUCAUGUGCUUGAGCUGAAACUUGAGGGAAUACGUCACAUAGCUCAUUGGAAUGAAGAUGAUAAACUGAUCCCCCUGGCAACAGAUGCUCAUGCUGGCAAUGAAUCCAUUGGAGUUCAAAACCGGACAUACAUUGUCACCACAAUCAUGGAGUCUCCCUACGUUAUGCUGAAGAAGAACGCUGACCAACUAGAAGGCAAUGACCGAUUCGAAGGCUACUGUGUAGAGCUGGCUGCAGAGAUCGCUAAGCACGUUGGGUUCAAGUACAAGCUGGAAAUUGUAAAGGAUGGAAAGUAUGGAGCACGAGACUCUGAUAUGAAGGCUUGGAACGGCAUGGUGGGGGAGCUGGUGUAUGGGAGAGCCGAUUUGGCUGUUGCUCCCUUGACAAUAACACUAGUGCGUGAAGAAGUUAUCGACUUUUCCAAACCAUUCAUGAGCCUGGGUAUUUCAAUCAUGAUCAAGAAGCCUCAGAAAUCCAAACCUGGAGUUUUUUCCUUCCUGGAUCCACUGGCUUAUGAGAUCUGGAUGUGUAUAGUCUUUGCAUACAUUGGAGUCAGUGUGGUUCUCUUCCUUGUGAGUCGAUUCAGCCCAUAUGAGUGGCACAAUGAGGAGUUUGAAGAAGGAAAAGAGCAGCCGACAACUGAUCAGUCUAAUGAAUUUGGCAUAUUUAAUAGCCUGUGGUUCUCUUUAGGAGCAUUUAUGCAGCAAGGAUGUGAUAUAUCCCCAAGGUCCCUCUCAGGAAGAAUCGUUGGGGGUGUGUGGUGGUUCUUCACUUUGAUCAUUAUUUCAUCUUACACGGCAAAUCUAGCAGCCUUUUUGACAGUUGAAAGGAUGGUCUCACCUAUAGAGAGCGCAGAUGACUUGGCCAAGCAAACUGAAAUAUCCUAUGGAACUCUUGACUCUGGAUCGACUAAAGAGUUUUUUAAGAGAUCAAAAAUUGCUGUGUUUGAAAAGAUGUGGACUUACAUGCGUUCGGCAGAACCCUCCGUUUUCGUAAAAACAACUGAGGAAGGAAUGAAUCGAGUACGAAAGUCAAAGGGCAAAUAUGCUUACCUUUUAGAGUCCACCAUGAAUGAGUACAUUGAACAAAGAAAACCCUGCGACACCAUGAAGGUGGGAGGUAACUUGGACUCCAAGGGAUAUGGCAUUGCAACUCCCAAGGGGUCUGCCCUGAGAAAUCCAGUAAACCUGGCAGUGUUAAAACUGAACGAGCAGGGGCUUUUGGACAAAUUGAAAAACAAAUGGUGGUACGACAAGGGAGAAUGCGGCAGCGGGGGAGGUGAUUCCAAGGAUAAGACAAGUGCACUGAGUCUCAGUAAUGUUGCCGGUGUGUUCUACAUUCUCAUCGGAGGUCUGGGAUUGGCCAUGCUUGUUGCCCUUAUCGAGUUUUGUUACAAAUCAAGAAGUGAAUCCAAAAAGAUGAAGGGUUUCUGUUUAAUUCCGCAGACAACAGUCACAGAAGCAGUCCGGAUGGCGACUCUACCCAGACCUUCCACAGCAGGAGGAAGUGGUGAAAACGGGAGAGUGGUCAGUCAUGACUUCCCCAAAACCAUGCAAACAAUUCCUUGUAUGAGCCACAGUGCAGGAAUGGCUCUGGGAACAACUGGGUUAUAAUAACAGCAGACUUCACACCGCCUAGUGGAUUAUUGACCCUUACCCUUCCAGUGCCAAAAAACCCACAAAGGACAAAUCAAAUGGACUUUUUACAGCUACUCAAAGAUCUAUUUUUGCUUUUAUUUUGUCCUUUUGCCUAAAGAAAGACAUUAGUAACUGCAAUAAAGAGCUGAAUAUUGGAAGAACGAGGAGCCUACAGUGUGGGCUGGACAACUGAAUGUUAUCAUAAGACUCUGAAUCCACUGUCCUUCAGCUCAAACAUUUUAGUAAAUUCAGUUGUAAAUAUUUUUUCAACAUGUUCACAAUGUUUUUUUUUUGAUUAUUCCCCCCUUUCAUUUUCCAGUUUUAGAAAUUGGAUUUGGAACUGGCACUCUCGCGAAAGAAUGGGAGGCAUGAAAAAUAAAAAUAUAUAAUGUCUGAAAUCUGAAUAGUAGGAAUAAGGAGUGGUAUAUCAGGCAAAACAAGAGAAAAUAAUGAUUUUGAAAAGUUAUUACUUAAGUUCAUCACAGGAGAUGGCUUAGGAUAGAAGCAAAAAAAAAAAUCAUGCAUACACAUAUUAAAAAUGCAUUAUAAAAAGGUUUAAAAAGCCAGAACUUGUGAGAAAAUCAGGUCUAAUAUCAUCAGGGCUCUUAUAUAAAGAUCUGAGUAUGUAGUGAAGUAGAUUCCAGGAGAGGAAAGGACUUAAAGGAAAAUGAGAAGUUAUAAGACAAAAGUUUGCAAACAGUAAGUAGAUGCUAUCAUAAAUGUCAACUGUAUGAAUAAUUCAUCUGUUUGGCCAUAAAUAUUGGACUUUUAAUCACUCCCAGGUGGGACUUGACUAGGUAUAAUCAGUGCCAAAACAACCCAAAUGCAGCACAGAGAAAAUGCCUAUUUUUUGGUACUUGGUAAAGCCAUAUUUUAUUUCAGUCUCCCAAUCCACUUUUUUUCAUUCAGCUUCUAGAAUUGGCAGAUAUAUACUGGAUUCAGUACGUCCCAUGAAGUUGAAGAACCUAUCUCAAGUACACCUGCACUGGUUAACUUGUGAAUGUGAAAUUGGGGGAGUUUGUUUGCCAAUAUUUGUAUUCGACAAUAAAAGGAAAGCAAAUCAUUUGAAUGAAGAGGUGGGAAUGCCAUGGACUGCUGGGGACACCUAAAUGGACUCAGAUGACCUCUUACCUAACAUCAACAGGCAUUCAAGCUCGAUGUAUGAUAUAUAAUUAUUAUCAUACUCCCAUCCCUUUCCUAAACAACUUUUUUUUGUUCUUCAAUCAAAACUGAUGUCCGUGGAAAAAUAACCCUUUGAAAAAGUUAGUGUUUUUGCAGUCUUUUACUUUUUAUGAUUCUGUUCAUUCCUGUUCUGACGUGUGAAGCCUAUAAAGACGACAUGCUUUUCCUUCAAACCUUUACUUCAGCUCGGAAAUGGGAACAUAUUCUUUAUACUCAUUCCGCAGGAAUUUUGAGGAGCUUUUCAGCCAUUUGAGUCAAGGUGCCAUAAAGCAGUCUGCUACCUUUGGGCUUGAACUCUGAAUUGUAAAAUGUGCAUUACGUGAAGAUUUUCUGUUUUGCACAGAGAGCAUUGUUUACUCAUUGACUAUGAGACUUGAAUAUAAGCGCCUACAGAAAGAACUACAAAUUAGCACUGGAGAAGUUGAGUGUUUACUCGUAGUUUGUAUUUUUACUACUUUCUUAAAAACAGCAGUGCAGAGACAAGUUUGGUUUUUAAAUCUGAGCUUGUCAUUCACAUGUAACCCCCCCCCCAAACCUUUCAGGCAUUUCAUUCUGUUUUUUUCCUAUUUGAUACCUGGAUAUUUUUUCCAAAAGUCUGUAUUUGUUUUAGCUCUGAUGUCAAAAGUGCUAAGCGAGAUUCUGUUUGGUCAAAAAGAAGCAUCUUUUUGUUUUAUAGUUGUGUUGGAAGGAAGUGAUUACUCUUUUCAGCAUCUCUUUGCUUCUUAUGUAUCUCCUUUUUUGUUUUCUUUUUUUUCUUUUAAUUAAUAUAAAAUGGACGUGUUCUCUUUCA